GGUUGAAAUAAGAUCAUUUUAACAUUAGAAAAAUUUUAUUAUAGCAGACAGGUUAUUAACUUUAAAGAAGAUAAUUCUUGAAAAUCAACGUUGUCUUUGUUGUUGUUGUUGUUUUUGUUGAAUUAUCUAUCACCAUGUUCGUUGCAAAAAGUCAUACAUUAUUAUUCACUGUAAACUUUAUUACAUCAAUUAUUUGCAUAUUAAUAAUAUCUGGAUCUGGAUUGUUUAUGUUGUCAGAAGAAGCCAAUUUUAUGAUAUUACGUAAAAUAAUGAAAUUAUUUGUAAAACAUGUUGUUCCACCAAGUUCAAAUUAUGGUAAUGGUGUUGGAAAGUUGAUUAUGACAAUUACACAAAAUUUAAGUAUUGCAGUAUUUACAUUCAGUUUAAGUAAUUUAUUAGUUUGUAUUAUUGGAUUCAUUGCUGUAUGGAAUCAAAAAUCUUCUUUGUUAAGGAUGUAUCAAAUCAUGCUAGGGUUCCUUCUACUUGGACAUUUAAUGCUAAUCGUUGGAUACUAUUUCAGUAAGCAAACUAUUGAAGAUCAUUUGAAAGAUUUUCUGAAAAGUUUAAUGACAGAAUAUGUGUCACUGAGAAGUGGAACUCCGGCAAGCUUAUUUACUGCCAGUGUGAUGAUUAUGUUAAAUUGUUGUGGAGCUACAUAUCGUCAGUUUGAUUGGAAAUAUACAAAGUUUGAUCCAGUUGAUACUUACAAUAACAUAAUUUAUCAUGGUAUAAAUCAACCUAUACCAUGCUGUAAAAUGAAUGAUCAGUUAGAAAUAAUCAACAUUACAUGUCCAUUUGAAUAUACAAAAUACAAUAGUAAUAUUGGAAUUGGUUGUGAUAAACCAUUUGCAGAAGAAAUAACAUUAUAUUUGAAUACAAUAGUACUUGGAAGUAUUUCAGUUUUAUUAAGUAAUGUAAUCAUGUUAUGUAUUGGAGUGAAAGCAAUUAAAGAUUUCAAUCCUAUUACCUUAUAAAAUAUUAAUAUACCAUUUAAUACCUUUGAUCCAUCAAUGAUUACACUUUAACGAGAAAUAUUAAAUUCAAUAUAAAUUAGAACAAUCUAUAGUACAAUGAUUCAACUAAUGGAAACUGUUUCUUUUUUCAUAAUAAAUUAUUUGAGUUCA